UUCUCCUACUCAUUGAUAACGAGAAGCCCCUAAACAUGAUUGCAGGCUUGGAACCUCUUCAAAUCUCCAUUGCAGUAGCCUUUCUUUCUCUUGCCAUUUCUGCGGCCUUGCUGCACUUUCUGAUCGGAAAGUUGCAGGGCGAGGAUGGGAGGAAGAAGAAGAAAUACCACCCGGUUGGCGGCACUGUUUUCCACCAGCUUAGCAACUUCCAUAGGCUGCACCAUUACAUGACGGAUCUCGCCGGAAAGUACAGAACUUACCGGCUAAUCAGCCCUUUCCGGAAUGAGAUUUAUACCUCCGACCCGGUUAACGUUGAGUAUAUUCUCAAAACCAACUUUGACAACUAUGGCAAGGGGGAUCACAACUAUACCAUUCUGAAGGACUUGUUAGGAGAUGGGAUUUUUGCGGUUGAUGGUAUUAAGUGGAAAGAGCAGAGGAAGUUGUCGAGCCACGAGUUUUCUACACGAGUGCUAAGGGAUUUUAGCAGUGUGAUCUUUAGAAGAAACGUUGUGAAGCUCGCAAACAUUUUGUCUGAAGCUGCAGAUUUCAACAAGACAGCUGAUAUCCAUGAUCUGUUCAUGAAAUCGACUUUAGACUCGAUAUUUAGAGUUGUGUUUGGAGUUGAACUGGACAGCAUGUGUGGUUCGAGUGAAGAAGGCGCGAAGUUCAGCAGCGCGUUUGAUGAUGCAAGUGCAAUGACACUUUGGCGAUAUGUUGAUAUCUUUUGGAAGCUCAAAAAGGCCCUCAAUAUUGGGUCAGAAGCCAAGUUAAAGAAAAGUAUCCAAAUCGUUGAUGACUUCGUGUUCAAGCUGAUUCAAAGCAAGAUCGAGCAAAUGCAGAAUGCCCGGGAUGAUUCCUCAUUGAGCUGGAAGAAAGAAGACAUUUUAUCAAGGUUUCUGCAGUUGAGUGAGACAGAACCAAAGUACUUGCGAGAUAUAAUACUGAACUUUGUAAUUGCUGGCAAAGACACAACAGCAGUAACUCUAGCCUGGUUUAUAUAUAUGCUUUGCAAGCACCCGCUCGUACAGGAAAAAAUCGUGCAAGAGAUACGAGAAGCAACGAAGACAGCAGAUGCAAGAAACUUUGCUGAUUUUGCUGCCAAUUUGAGAGAAGAAGCCCUGGAGAAUAUGCCAUACCUUCAUGCUGCAUUGAGUGAGACUCUCAGGCUUUAUCCUGCAGUUCCUGUGGAUGCAAAAAUAAGCUUUUCAGAUGACACGUUACCAGAUGGUUUUAGUGUGAAGAAAGGCGAUAUGGUGGCUUACCAAGCAUAUGCAAUGGGGAGAAUGCGGUUUAUAUGGGGCGAUGAUGCAGAAGAAUUUAAGCCCGAGAGAUGGCUGGACGAGAACGGGUGCUUCAGGCCCGAGAGCCCCUUCAAAUUUACAGCUUUUCAGGCUGGGCCGCGGAUAUGUCUGGGAAAGGAGUUUGCGUACAGGCAAAUGAAGAUCUUCUCUGCAGUUCUGCUACGGUUCUUUGGUUUCAAGCUGGCUGAUGAAAGGAAAGCUGUUAAUUACAGGACUAUGAUCAAUCUUCACAUUGACGGGGGACUACAAGUUCGUGUUUUUCACAGAUUGAGCGACUAAUGGCAAAGUUAUGCAUAUGCACAUACAAGAGUACAAGACAUGUUUGUUGCCCAUGUUACCCUUUGUUUGUGCAUAUGCAAAUGUGUGUUUGGAAAUUAGGAAAAUAACUUCUUAAAAAUGUUUUCUGAAAAAUGAUUUAUUUUCUGAAAAUGACUCGUUUUUCAUAAAAUAUUUUCAUUUCUCUUAAUUGUGAACAUUUGGUAUGUAAAUCGUAAACAUUCAGUAUAUAAUUUGUGAACAUUUAAUAUGUAAAUGGUGUAUUUAGACACGAGUUCACAUUGUAAGAUA